AUGACAGAUCCGGAGAAUUCAAAGCCUACUGUCGAAAUGCAGACCCGUUCCGCCACUUACGCCUCUUCAGUUGAUGAAGCUCCCAGACCUGCAGGAUGGAUGUACAAGUCAAUCAAACUGGGUGGCGUGACCACCUGGUAUGCCUCACCUGGCUUUCAGUUGGGAAUGGUUGCUUUCGUCUGCUUCAUGUGCCCGGGCAUGUUCAAUGCUCUCAGUGGUCUGGGUGGUGGUGGUAAGACAGACAACACCUUAGCUGAUAACAUGAACACUGCCCUCUACAGUACCUUCGCCGUCGUCGGCUUUUUCGCUGGAACAGUCGUCAACCGUGUUGGAAUUCGGCUUUCCCUGUCUUUUGGAGGUAUCGGUUACUGUAUCUACGCGAUUAGCCUGUUGGUCUCCGAACAUGCCGAAGUGGGAGGUUUCAACAUUUUCGCCGGUGCCCUUUUGGGUGUCUGUGCUGGUAUUCUGUGGUCUGCGCAGGGUGCUAUCAUGAUGUCCUACCCUCCUGAGGAACGUAAGGGUCGCUACUUCGCUUGGUUCUGGGGUAUUUUCAACGUUGGUGCCUGUAUUGGCGCUUUGAUCCCUCUCGGCCAAAACAUUCACGUUACCACCCAGAAGAACGUCAAUGACGGUACCUACAUUGCCUUCAUCGUCCUUAUGGCCUUCGGUGCCUUUCUCGCUCUCUUCAUUUGCGACGCCGACAAGGUCGUCCGCCCAGAUGGCUCGCGUGUCAUUCUCAUGAAGAGCCCAACCUGGAAAACCGAGAUCAUAGGUCUCUGGGAAACCAUCAGUUCGCAACCCUACAUCAUCAUGCUCUUCCCCAUGUUCUGGUCCUCCAACUGGUUCUACACCUACCAGCAGAACAGCAUCAACAACGCCUACUUCAACGUCCGCACCAAGGCAUUAAACAACUUCCUCUACUGGUUUGCCCAGAUCGUGGCAGCUGUCAUUAUUGGCCCACUUCUCGACGUGAACACCAUUCGUCGCAGCAUCCGUGCCCGUUGGGCCCUCGGUAUCCUCUUCACCCUCACCAUGGCCAUCUGGGGCGGUGGUUACGCCUGGCAGAAGAAAUACACCCGUGAAACAGUGGCCGCUAAAGGCUUCGAGCCUUGGGACUGGAAGACUCCCGGCUACGUUGGCCCUAUGUUCUUGUACUUCUUCUACGGCUUCUACGACGCCGUCUGGCAAGGUACUGUCUAUUGGCUCAUGGGAGCCCUCGGCAACUCUGGUCGCAAGCUUGCCAAUUUGGCCGGUUUUUACAAGGGUAUCCAGUCUGCCGGUGCGGCUGUUAUGUGGGCUUUGGACGGAGAACACAAGCUUCCUUACAUGUCUGAGUUUGCCUCCAACUGGGCUCUUCUCUGUGGCUCGCUCGUCUGCGCUGCACCUGUUAUUCUCUUCAAGAUUAAGGACUUUGUUCCUAUUGAUGAAGAUAUCCGCGGAACAGAUGAAACACUCGAAGAUGUCCUCCCGCCCGGCGCGGUUGAUGAGAAACGCGCCAUGGAGAAUUAA